AUGGCCAAGGGCAGCAAGGGCGGCAAGUCGUCCGCCUCGGCGGGCACGCGCAAGAAGAACGCCAAGCUCGCGCUCAAAAAGGCCGGCGUCGACCCCGACGCGGCACCCAAGCCGCCGCAGCGCGGCCAGAAGGGCAGCGGCGGCGGCGGCCGGCGCAGCAAGAAGGAGCCGCGCAAGAAGGUCUUUGUGCCGCCGCCCAAGCCGCCCGCGCCGCCGCCCGACCCGCUCGACGACUACGGCCUCGCCAGCAGCCUGCCGCCGGCGCUCGUCGUGCUCACGCGCAAGGCCAGCAAGAAGGACGUCGUGACGCGCACGCGCGCCUGCGAGGCCCUCCACGCCUGGGUCGCCGGCGCCGAGCUCGAGGGCGAGACGCUCGGCGAGGAGGAGCGCAAGGAGACCGAGGUCAUCUGGCUGACGUGCUGGGCACACCUCUUUCCUCGUCUCUCCAUCUCGCCCACGCGGCGGCUGCGCUAUCUCGCAGCCUCGAUCCAUGCCGCGCUGCUCGAGCAGGCACACACGCGCUCCGAGCUCGUCACUGUGCCGGCGUAUGUGCUCUCGACGCUGGCGCCGCUCGCCGUGCUGGCACACGACACGGACCGGCGUGUGGCGCGUGCCGCAAAGGCGGCGCUCGACGGCUCGACGCGCUGGUCCGGCGCCGGCGAGGACCGCCUUGACGUGCGGUACGAGCUGCACACGCUGCUGCCACACCUCAAGCUGCUCCUGCUCAGCCCGUCGCCUGCCGCCGCGCUGCAUGCCGCAGGGCCCAGCCAGCCGAGCGCGCCUGGAACGCCGGGCACGAGCACGCCAAGCGCGCUUGACGCCAAGAACCGCGACGAUGGAAGCAUUGAGGAGGACGUGCGCACCACAGACGGGCGACUAGCCGCAGGCGCAGCUGGUGCGCUCUGCUGGAUCAUCGUUUCACAUUCCGCGCCGCUGCCGCUCGACGACUUUGAGGAGAUCCUGGCGUCUUCGGCGCUGUGGAAUCUCCUGCAGCCGCCGGUGGCAGCAAGCAGUGCAGCAGGCCGUCUGCACGCUCGGCCAGCGGAGGCCGACUUGCUGCCUGGCUCUGUCGGCGCCGAGGCACCACUGGCGCGCGCUCGCGCAUGGGCCAUCAUUGCAGCGCUCGUCUCGUCGCCCGAGCGCGCUGCCCUGGACUGCGCACUGCCGGCCUUCGGGCCCGUCGCCAUCCGUGCAAUCUGGGCAGAGACGGACGCGACGUGCGCACGCGCCGCACUCGACGCCCUGCUGCCCCUGCUGCGCAUCAAGCCGGAGACGUGGACGAUGCGCGAGGACGACGAUGAGUCGGACGAGGAGGAGGAAGACGAAGAGGAGCCCAGCGCAGUCGCCGACGAGGUCGAGGCUGACGACGACUCGGACGAGGUCAGCGCGGCGUCCGACUCGGACGACGACGAGGCUGGCUCGUUGCCGGCGAAGGCUCCGAGCGUUGCUGCAGUGCGGAGCGUCAGCCAGCCACGCGCGCUGCGCCCCUUCCAAGGCUGGCUGCGCUCUGCAUGCGCUGGGCUGCCGUCGCUCUCAUACCCGACGGUCCUUGUGCUGCUCUCGACGCUGCCCGUGACGCUGCUGGCGCCCACAGCCGAGCACUCGAGUGCCAUCCUCGACUCGCACUGGGCUGGCCUGCAGGCGCGUGCCGGCUCGGACCCGCAGGCACUCCGCGCCUGCAUCGCAAGCUUUGCCGAGUGCGUCGCCUUUCUCGCCAGCCGCGUGGCGCGCAACGAGGAUGCACAGGCCGACGAGGCGAGCGUGCUGGCAGAUGCGCAGCUCGCCAAGCCGUGGCAGGCCUUUGUGCUCGACGACGGCAGCAUCGGCGCCGAUCUCGUGCCGCCGCGUGCGCGUGCUGCCCUCGACCCUGCGCAGCCCAUCUCUGCUGCUGUCAAGCGCCUCGCCUCGCUGGCCGAAGAUGGCUCCGUCGCGGCUCCCUUCCUCGCGCGCGUCCGUGCCACGCUGCAGCAGCUGGCUCAGCCCGAUGCAGACGCCGAUGCCCUCUUCCGUGCCGUGCGCUGCCUCAGCGCGAUUGGCACCGCCGGCGCGCCCAACGGCCUCGAGCAGCGCGUUUCGGACCUGGUGCAGGACGUGUCGGGCACGGCGGCCAAUGUGCUGUGCGCCUCGCCCGAGGAGACAUGGCUUGCACCGCUCGUCUCUCUCCUCGCCGCGCUCAUGGGCAGCUUCGCCGAUGCACAUGUCGAUCUGCUCGAGGUCCUCGGACGUGCCGCGCGCGACGUGCUGCCGCCUGCGAUGCAUCGCGGCAGCGUCUCCGCUCCGGCCGCUGCUGCCUUCUACGCCGCAUAUCUGCCAAUGGUGCAGGACGCGUCGGAGCGCAGUGCCGUCUGGAUCAGCGCGCUCGAGUCUGUCAGUCCGCAGGGCGGUCUCGACACCGAUGCUCUGCAGGCACUCUUCGGCGCCGCAGACUCGCUGCCUGCUGCGCUGCUCUCGGAGGGCGAGACGGGCUCGACGCGCCUGGACCAAGAGGUGCUGGCCCUCGUGGCCCGGGCGCUCAAGACCGGCUCGCUCAAGCAGUCGGAGCAGGCCGUGCUGGGCCGCCUGCUGGACCGUCCCGAGCCGUUCGUUACGCGGCAGACGGCCGAUGCGCUGCUGCUCGAGCUCGUUACGGCGCUCAAGUCGGGAGCGCGCGCCGAUAUCGCCACGGUGCUGGCGCUCCUCGAGGCGUGGGGCUCGUCGCGCGAGCGCACGCAGCGCCUCGUGACCGACCCGGCGCUGCAGGGUGCGGCGGCGGCAAUCUUCGGCCUGGCGUAUCUCGACGCCUCGCCCGAGUACGGCACGUCUGCGGCACGCGUAUGGGCGUCGCUUGCCGACGAGCAGGGCGCACCGCAGGCUGCAGCAGCGAUGCUGCGCGAGCGCGUGUCGCAGCUUGACACGCCGCUGCGCUCGCUGCUGCGUGCUGCCGAGGCCCUGCCGGCUGGUGCGGGUGGCCUGGCCAUCCUGCCCGACGAAGAGAGCAUGGCGGAGUGCCUGGCUGCUGCCUGCGCCUACGCGCCGCCGCCCGCUCUCGCGGUCGUCGAUGCGCUUGUGCCGCACGCCGGCAGCUCAGGCGCGACGGGUGGACCGUACGACACUGCUGGCCUCUCUUCCUACGCUCGCGCUCUCGUUGUGCUCGUCGACGUGCUCCGUCGAGACCGUGCGCUCGCACGCGCUGCGCCAUGGACAUUGGCGCACGCCGUGUACCUGGCCCUCGCCGCCGAGGAUGCAACGCUUCUUCCCGGCGCAUCACCCACGCUCUUUGCUCCAUCGGUCAGCGAGCAGAGCCUCGCGGCUCACGCUGUCGCAGCCGUCAACGUGGCCACGACGGCGGUGGCGUCGCUCGCCGAUGCCGUCACCGACGCCUGGCACGCUGAGGUCGCAGAGACGCUCAAGAAGGGCAGCGCCAACGGCUCGGGUCUUGCCUCCUCGCUGCAAGUCGCGUACUCCAUCGGCCACGCACAGGGCGCACGAGUCUUCGCACGUCUGCUCGCUGGCGUGCUGAGCUUCAGUGCUGCCGGCGCCACGGCGGGCAGCACGUGGCUGCGUCUCGGCCAGGUCAUCCAGACGACAAAGCCGGCGCUGGCCGGAGCGCUGAUGCGCACAGUGCGCCCGACGGUGCUUGCUGCGCCGCUCUACGACCGCGUGCGCAACGAGCUUGUGGCCAACCUCGCUGGCGUGCCUGCAGCGCGGGCCGAAUCUGCCGGCCUGCCACUGCUGCGCCUCCUCGUCGCCGCGGCACCGCCUGCAGAUGCAACGGUGGCGCUGGUGCCGCCGCAACGAGCGCUGCUUUUCCUGCAGAACGUGCAGAAGUGGCUCGCGGCCGACGACGUGGAGCUGAGCGACGAGCUGCACGUGCGGCUCAGCGAGGUGCUGCUCGAGCUGCUGCCCAUCGUCGAGGGCAUGCCUGGCUCGCAUCUGGAGCUUAUCUGCGACGUGCUCGAGGCGCAGCUCGACGCCGCGGCGUGGAGCGAUGCACACGCCAUGCACGCUGCUCUCCGCCUCCUCGAGGCGCUGGAGGAGCGAUCGGCACACGCCGAGGCACUGCGCCUCGUGUGGAAGGAGCGCUCGAAGCCGAUCCGCGCGCUGCUUGCGCCACUCUUCCUGCAGCACAUGAGCGAGGCGGGCGCGCCGUUCGAUGUCGUCGCCCAGCUGCUCUCUCAUCUGGUCCGCCGACUGCCCGACGAUGCAUUCGAGGGCCAGGAGGCGGCGCUCGUCGAGGCGCUGCAGUCGCGCCGCCAGUGCGUGCAGCUUGCGGCCUAUCGGCGGCUCUCGCUGUGCAUCCGCUCGCGCGUGGCUGCACUCGUGCUCGACGCGGCACUCGAGCCCGAGAUGGCCGCCGGCGCCUCUGCGCUCCCCGAUGCGCUCAUCGGCGUCUGCUGCAUGCGCAGCAAGGGCGAGCGCGUAUCCACGAGCGACGACGAGGAGGCACUGCCAAGCGACCAGGACGGCUCGAGCUCGCCGCCGCCGCUCUCCUUCUUCCUCGCCUGGCUGGCGGUGUUUGAGCACUUCGAGGAGGCCAGCCUGUCGCUGCGCAGUGCCUUUGCCGCGCAGCUCGAGAAGCGCGAGCUGCUGGAGAGCGAGCUGCUGCCGGGCCUGUUCGAGUGGAUGAGUCCGCUGGAGAUGCGCGGCUGGGCGGUCGAGGAGGUGUACCUGGACGACGUCGUCUUUGCAUCCUCGGCCGCGCUGCCGCUGCUGGCGGCGCACCUGUACCACCGUGCCCUGACGCACACGCCCGUCGGCGUGCGCAAGCACGUGCAGUCGCUGCGCAACCGCAGCCUCAGCACGCAGAUCACGCAGCUCACCUCUCGGCACUUUACGCCGCUCCUGGCCGCGGCGGAGCUGGCGCAUCUGCGGGCGCCCGAGGCGCGGGCGACACUCGAGGGCGAAGGGCUGGGCGUGCGCAUCACGGCCAGCAACGACGUCGUGGCGACGUAUACCGUCGACGAGCACGACAUGCAGAUUGCAGUCUCGAUCCCCGCAGACUUCCCACUCCACGGCGUCGAGGUCAAGGACGUGAAGCGCGUCGGCGUCACCGAGGCGCAGUGGCGCGCAUGGCUGCUGGCUACGCAGCAGCUCCUCACGGGCAAGAACGGCCUGAUCUACGACGCGCUGCUGCUCUUCAAGCGCAACGCCGAGGCCAAGUUUGCCGGCUACGAGGACGCCGAGUGCGCCAUCUGCUACUCGAUCAUCGGCGACGGCUCGCUGUCGCUGCCGACGAAGAAGUGCAAGACGUGCCACAAGGGCUACCACUCGAGCUGCCUGGUCAAGUGGGUCGUCUCCUCGGGCUCAUCGACGUGUCCGAUGUGCCGCGCCAUGCUGUAG